AUGUUCGACCUCCCAAAGAACUCUCUCCGCCUACGCGCCUUCAAUGCAGAAAACGACCUAAGCAAACUUCUGGACUUAGAGGCCGACCCGGAGGUUGCCAAGUUCUCUAGCAUAUACUUCCUCGUUCCACAAAACCAGAGGUGGGAUGAAGAGUGCCUGAAGAAGCGCGUGUCUUCCAUCGAGAACAACUUCGAGUUCUUCUGCAUCGUCGAGACUAUCCCUGCUACUGGGAGCACUCAGGAGCCCGAGUUCGUUGGCAUCGUUGGGUUGCGGGCGGAUGGGCGAGAUAGGGGCAUGCGCCACACUACGCUUAGCAUUGGCCUGGCGAAGAAGUUCUGGGGAAAGGGAUAUGGGUCAGAAAUUUUGGAGUUUGUUGUGGAUUACGCCUUUCGUCAGCUGAACAUGCACCGCAUCACGCUGGAAGUGUACGAGGGGAACUAUGGCGCGCUUGCGGUGUAUAAGAAGUGUGGAUUCAUUGUUGAGGUAACGCAUAGGAAGAAAGUCUGGUAUAACGGAGAUUGGGGGAGUACGAUCUUGAUGGGCAUCCUCUUGGAAGACUGGUUGACCAAGAACAAGACUGGUCUUGGACACGCUGCAACACCGGAAAGCAAGACUGUCAUCGGUCUCAAAGAGCCCGUAAGGGAUGCUCGUGAGCUCGCGUCCUCGAACUACGCUCCCAGCUUCGGGACAGAGUCAAUUUCUGACUGA